GGCACUUUCUUUGGGUUGUGUUCUAGCAAGGAGGCUAGGAGCAACCAUUGGCCAUCAUCGGGCUAGCUCAGCUGAGAUCAGCUCAGCUGAGAUCGAGACGAGGCCAUGCCCAUGUCCAUAGGAAGAGCCACGAAACCACGCAAAGAAGCACCAGACCAGAGGAGGAAGGAGAAGUCCAGCGGCAGAGCAGCAGCAUGCAUAACCGAUAACCCACUGCGUUUCUCUUUAUUUUAUUCUUUUUUCGCAAUUUUGCCUUUUUAUUUCGCUACAGGUCGUGGAUAGAAAUUGAGGUAUGCAGCGACCGGUUUGGGCUUGCACCAUCAAAGUUUCGGUCGCGGCAAUGUCAGAAGACCCUGCACCUCGUCUUCCCUCCUCGUUCGCCCGAGAACCCCUCUCCCUUUGCCCGGGAAGACUCUUUCACACAUCUAAUGCAAUGUACUACAGUGACUUGUUUUGCCAGCCCAUAAAGCCUAAGGUCAAGCGAGAAAAGAUACGGCGAAGCGCAAAUAAAAUAUCUGCGCAAAUCUUGCGUCAACUACUUAAUGAGCAUGAAGAAUCCGAGGGAGGGAUCAAUUUUGUCAUGGAUAUACAAUAUAAAUUCUUAGACACAUUUGUGCGCUAAUAAUGUAUUCCAUGGAGGCCUUAGCUGCCACUUUGGG